AUGUUUUACCUGCGUGACGUCUACACUUAGCGCUAGCAAAAGGAACAGAUGAACACCAAACAGUUUUGUUAAUCCUGUAAAAUACAUAAAUAUUAAUGGAAUUAUUCUGUUUUUAGUUAAUAAUUAAGAAAGUUUUAGAUACAAUUCUGGUAAAACAGUUGUGUAGUUUUAAAAGAGUAGGUUUAACCAUGUCUGCCUCAGCAGUGUUCGUACUGGAUCUCAAAGGCAAGGUGCUGAUCUUUCGCAACUACAAAGGCGAUGUGGACAUGUCAGAGGUUGACCACUUCAUGCCUCUGCUGUUGCAACAGGAAGAAGAAGGAUUAACGUGCCCUGUUAUUACACAUGGCACCGUCCAUUUCAUGUGGAUCAAGCACAGCAAUCUCUAUUUGGUGGCCACUACCAAUAAAAACUCUAAUGCAUCUCUGGUGUAUUCAUUCCUGUACAAAAUGGUGGAGGUGUUUACAGAGUACUUUAAGGAGUUGGAGGAGGAAAGCAUUCAGGAUAACUUUGUUGUGGUGUACGAGCUGCUGGAUGAGCUCAUGGACUUUGGCUUCCCACAGACUACAGAUAGCAAGAUCCUGCAGGAAUACAUAACACAAGAAGGCAACAAGCUGGAGGUUGCUAAGUGCAAAGUGCCCACGACAGUCACCAACGCUGUGUCCUGGAGAUCAGAAGGCAUUCGGUAUAAGAAGAACGAGGUUUUUAUAGACGUCAUUGAGUCCAUUAAUGUCUUGGUGAAUGCCAAUGGCAGUGUGAUGAGCAGUGAUAUUGUGGGCUGUAUUAAACUGAAGACAAUGCUGUCAGGAAUGCCUGAACUCAGACUGGGACUCAACGACCGCGUUCUCUUCGCCCUCACUGGCAGAGACAAGGGGAAGUCUGUAACAAUGGAGGACGUGAAGUUCCAUCAGUGUGUACGUCUCUCUCGUUUUGAAAGCGACAGAACCAUCUCGUUCAUCCCUCCCGAUGGAGAGUCAGAGCUGAUGUCGUAUCGCAUUAAUACUCAUGUGAAACCUCUGAUCUGGAUUGAGUCUGUUAUUGAGAAGUUCUCUCACAGUCGAGUGGAAAUCAUGGUAAAGGCUAAAGGUCAGUUUAAGAAGCAAUCUGUGGCCAAUAACGUGGAGGUACGAGUCCCUGUCCCAAGUGAUGCAGACUCCCCAAAGUUUAAAACCAGUACUGGUCAUGCAAAGUAUGUUCCUGAGAAGAACAUAGUGGUGUGGACCAUUAAAUCAUUUCCUGGAGGAAAGGAGUUCUUAAUGCGGGCCCACUUUGGCCUCCCAAGCGUGGAGAGAGACGAAAUGGAGGGAAAACCACCCAUUACUGUCAAAUUCGAGAUUCCCUACUUUACUGUGUCAGGAAUACAGGUGCGAUAUAUGAAGAUCAUCGAGAAAAGUGGCUACCAGGCAUUACCCUGGGUUCGGUACAUUACACAGAGUGGAGAUUACCAGCUCAGGACCAACUAGAGAGGCAUUUGCAUUUCCAGAUGUUGCUGAACACCCACGCAAAUCAUCUAAUCAGUGAUAAUUUGCAUCAAAGGCUGUCUUAAUAUUCACUUCUUUUAUGGAACAGAGAGGAUGUAAUGUUAUUGAAAAUUGUAUUAUGGCUAAAAUGCUUUUACUUUUUUUAACUGACUUAGUUUAUUGUCGUUGCACUAAAUCAUGGGUAAAAUAUAUAAUUGUUUCUUUGAAAAUGUGUUUUAGAUUUGUCUUUUUGGUCUUUUGCUGGGAUUACCCUACCUAAAAUUACAUACCGCCUAGGUUAAUUAUAAACAGCUGUUUAAAAAAGCAUAAUAUCCCUCUAUCUGUGUAGGGUUUCAUUUGUGAACAGGUUUCCCCUCCCACCUCCAAAAACUUAGAUGUAAGUGAGUGUGAAAUUGAAAUUGCCCUUAAACCUGAGUAAAUGAGUAAGAGAAAA